UGGGUCAGACAGGAAGACAGUUUACGGUCUGAACCAGUUUGCUGUUCUUCAGUGCUAUGAAGACCUUGUGUUUUUUGGUUCACCUCCUGGUUGGACUGUGUUUCAGGUCAUAUUCUGCUUUUCCUCCCCAAGAUUACACUCAACAUGCUUCAAUUCAAAGUCCUCAGAUCACAGGGACCUCCCAACACACUCGGCAAGAAAAGGCACCAGCCGAGGAACAAGAGCAGGAGAAUACGGUCAGAGUGACCUGCCAUCCAGACUCCUUGGAGAUUAUUAUUAAAGUUGACAUGUUUGAAGUUGGAGCUCCUGUUAAUGGCGAUGACUUGCGUCUUGGAGUGGAGCACAAUGACUACUGUAGAGCUACAACGUCUUCAAGAGAUGAGUACAGAAUCCUUGUUGGACUCAUGGACUGCGGCACCAAACAAAGGAUGACUGAAGACACACUGGUUUACACAAACCUCCUUGUAUACUUGCCUGUGGCCUCUCCAGAUGGGGUGGUUCGAAUGGAUGAGGCUGUAAUUCCAAUUGAGUGUCAUUAUGAAAGGACGUACCGUUUGUCCAGUUCUUCACUCAUGCCCACCUGGAUCCCCUUCAUGGCUACACAAGCUGCAGUGGCAACUUUGGCAUUUGACUUGAGAAUUAUGACAAAUGACUGGCUUUAUCGAAGAAGCUCUAAUGUGUUUUACCUUGGCGAGCCCAUCGGCAUCGAAGCCUCAGUCAGAGUUGGACAUCACACGGGGCUCCUGGUGUUUGUGAGCAGCUGUGUGGCGACACUUUACCCAGAUGUAGCCUCUGAGCCGAGAUACGUCUUUGUUGAAAAUGGGUGCUUGGUUGACUCUGAGCUUCCAGGUUCUAGGUCUCACUUCUUAUCCAGGACACAGGAUGACAAGCUCCAUUUGACCAUUGAUGCUUUUAAAUUUCAUAAUGAGGACAGAGGAGAACUCUACAUCACAUGUCACUUGAAUGCUGUACUAGCAAAUGAUGCAGAGGCACCAAAUAAGGCAUGCAGUUUUGUAAAUGGAAGAUGGAGGUCAGCUGAUGGUAAUGACCAUGUAUGUGGCUAUUGUCAAAGUCUCGAUAAUCCGAGCAGCCCUGGCAAGAUUGGUCCUCGUGGGUUUGCGAAGCCAGGUGAACCUGAAUUGUUUCAGAGUGGAUUGGGAACCAAUAAAGUGUGGAAACAGGAGGCAAGAGUGGGUCCAAUCUUCUUGCCAGUGAAGCAGAACAUUGGGCCUAUACCUGUGGAGGAGCUUCCUCCUGGUCUAAAUAAAAUCAUCAGACCUUCACUGUUUGGCAGCCAGUGGCGAAGUGGAAUAAACCACACAAUUGAUGAUAAGGGACUCCUUCUUGGUUCACAAUCUACACCAGACGAGGUUGUGGUUCAGGCUUCAGAUUCUAAGCAGAAUCGAGAUGAAAAUGGUGGAACACAUUUGGAGGAUGCGGAUGCUGUGAAAGUCUCUGCACUUCUAGAAAAGGAAUCUCAUGAGGUAGACUUGGAAUCAAAGGGAGCAACGGUGGAAGAAAGCAGCAUGUCAACCCUCGACGAUGCCAGCCCAAUUGUUGAGUUUACUGUGAAUGUGACCAAAAUGUCAAAUGCAACACAAAGUGCCCUUAUAGAUACAAAUGACUCCCAAAUAUAAUAAACUAUUGCUGGUAAUUUGA